GUAACAUUGAAAUUCUCCCCAACCGAAGUGGAAGAAUGCCGUCGGGUGAUCACGUGCGACAUACCAAAUCUCCCAGACGACCAGGAUCCCGUUGCCAGGUCAGUGAAUGGCAAGGCAUUGCGCCCUCUGUGUCACUUCGAUUUGCCGGGUUCAGACUACAUAUCAGCCGGUAGAAGGAAACCUGAUAUGACGGGUCCGGGAGGCGGAUUGGAUCCCCUAGAUCCUGCAACCAAAAUCGUGGAGUUCACAUCCUUGGGAACCAUGGUACAGAAUACGAUGCGGUUCCAUGUAGCGAAUCCGACGAACAUCUCCUACGAAUUUGUGUGGGAUCGUGUAGAGGUACCAAGUUCAGAUGCGACAGCUUCUCCAUUCAGCUGUCUGACAAGGAGGGGCGUCAUGUCUGGGGGACGUCGCUAUGAAAUGGCGUUCGACUUCACACCCACAUGCAGCAAGGUGCAUGAAUCGUUUUGGGUGUUUAGGGUGCCGGAGCAUCGGAUCGACUCCCCGUUCCUGCUGGGAAGGAUCCUGUCGUCAAGUUUCACCCGACUUCGGGGACAAUUCCGCCCAAGUCAAGCAUCGAAGUCGCUGUUUAUUUCAGACCUCAGCUGGAAAAGUCUGUGA